AUGUUUUCAUCAUAUGACGACGACAUGAGAAGGAAGAGAGGUCCUAUACGAUCAAGGUGGUCCGACCUCCCUCCUGAACUACUCGAGUUGAUCAUGAAAAAGCUUGCUUCAGUAGACAUCCUUCGCUUCGAAGCUGUCUGUUCUCGUUGGUGUAAGACUGCAAAGUCUUAUAUCUCAUCCCCAUAUUUCACACUCGACAUGCCUCAAACCCCAUGGCUUAUGAUUCCUGGUGGUGAAGGAAACCACAUCCACACUCGUCGCUUUUUCAACCUCUCAGAGUUCAAGUACUACACUAUCAAAAACACGUUUGGAUAUAUGCCUGAUGCAUGUUGUAUCGGUUCAUCACACGGGUGGCUGGUCCUUACGGAUGAGAAAGCGAGACCUGCUCGUCUUUUGAAUCCGUUUUCUGGAGAUAGGAUUGACCUUCCCUCAAUAGGGUGGAGGAGCACAAUUUUUCUAGGCAUGAGCAGAGAUGAUGUCGUUAAAGUUGUCACCUCCUCCAAGCCACCAUCGGAAGAGGACUUUGGUGUUGUUGUUGUUGUUGUAAUAUUAAACUCUACGACUAUCGGGUUAUCACAACUUGCUUGCUAUAGGCAUGGACACGAUGAGGGAUGGACUAACAUAAGUACGGUAGUAUCCUAUGCCUAUCACGACGGUAUAUUCCACAGUACAAAUGGUAAUUUGUAUGCAUUGGCAACCGAUGGCUCAGUUGAGGUUUGGGACAUGAGGCAGUGUUCUCCCAUAACAACACUUCAUCUGCAACCUUUGUCACACCAACUAGACAUUGAUCUCAAAUUAUUAAUACCGUGUACGGAUUCCAUGUUUUAUUUGGUGGAGUCCUUGGGUGAACUUUUGUUGGUGAGACGAUUUAUAAGGAAGACGACGGACCAUCCCGGUUACCCCUAUAGAACCGUACACUUCAGUAUCUAUAGGCUUAAGUCCAUUAGCAAAGGGUUCGAGUGGGAGAAGGUGGAAAGUUUGCACAAUCAGUCUCUCUUUCUGGGAGGAAAUCAUUCAAUCUCUUUGUCUUGCCACAGCUUGCCAGAGUGUGAAGAGAACUCAAUUUACUUCACGGAUGAUAGGUGGUGGGAAAUGAACAAGAAUGGUAAGUAUGGAGUUGGCAAUAUCGGGGGUCAUGAUCUUGGAGUAUACAACAUAAAAGAUGAUAUUGUGAAGCCAAUGCCGUGUUAUAUGAGAUUUGAUCGCUCUAGUAUCAAUCCACCGCCCUUUUGGAUUGUUCCUGACAUAAUCCAUGGAAGCUAUAGUUUAAGAAACGAGAUUAUCCAAUUCACAAGAUGUGCUUCACUGGGGAAACGAGAUUAUUGGCGCAAUUGCUAA